UUGCAUGAGCAUGCAAUUGUACUAAGCUAGCUAAGUAAACCCUAGCUAGCUAGAGAGAAAAGAAGAUGAUGAAGAGUUUUAGAUUAAGUUUGGUGUUUCUAGUUAGUGUUGUAGUGUUAUUUGAGCUCAUUGCUGUCUCCCAUGGAGGAGAGUUGAGGAAGAACUUCUACAAGAAGACCUGCCCACUUGCCGAGGAGAUCGUGAAGGACAUCACUUGGAAGCGUGUCGCUACCAACUCGUCCCUGCCCGCUAAGUUCCUGAGGAUGCAUUUCCACGAUUGCUUCAUUCGGGGUUGUGAUGGUUCGGUUCUUCUAGACUCUACAGCAAACAAUACAGCUGAAAAGGAGGCACUCCCGAACCAGUCUCUGGGCGGUUUUGACGUAAUCGAUGAGAUCAAGAGAAAGCUCGAAGCCACUUGCCCCGGGGUCGUGUCCUGUGCCGACAUCCUUGCUUUAGCCGCUAGAGACUCGGUUUCUUUCCAGUUCAAUAAGUCAAUGUGGGAGGUGUUGACUGGGAGAAGAGACGGGCGGAUAUCACGGCGGCAGGAGGCUGUCGACAAUAUCCCAUCCGCAACCUUCAACUUCACCACUCUCAAGCAAUCCUGGGCCAAUAAAAGUCUCACUGCACACGACCUCGUCGUUUUAUCUGGUGGUCACACCAUCGGUGUCGGACACUGCAAGUUCUUCAGCAAUAGACUAUACAACUUCACCGGGAAGGGUGACGCCGACCCUUCCCUGAAUGCGGAGUAUGCUGCCUUUCUGAGGACCCAGUGUCGGGGCCUCUCGGAUAACACCACCGUCCUGCCCCAGGACCCGGGGAGCGUCCUAAACUUCGACUCCCACUACUACACUAUCCUUAAGCUGAACCAAGGCAUGUUCCAAUCUGACGCUGCCCUCAUGACCGACACCCAGUCAAGGAGGCUAGUGGACGAGCUGGUCGACCAGGGCACGUUCUUCACCAAGUUCGCCCAGUCGAUGAAGCGCAUGGGAGCGAUUGAGGUCCUCACGGGCACAGCCGGCGAAAUCAGGAAGAAGUGUAAUGUUGUUAAUUAAUUCGUAAAUGAGACCGAUCGACCUCCACGGUGAUGUUGCGGAGUGUGAUCCGUUUUAUUGCAUAAUCACCUGUCUUGAUUUAGAAAAUAUUUUGAAUGUUCAAUCAGUGUGCGUGAGAAUUGUUUGAAAAGUUCGUGAUGUGGUUUAUGUAAAGGUAGUGAUCAUAGGCCGCAAGUCAAAUUGCCUGAGAUUUGUAUAGAUAUGAUUAGAGCGUGAAUAUUCUGAGGAAUAAAUAAGUUUGAAGAGUUUAAUUCCAUCGAAAUUGAGUAAUAAUAGCUCAAAAUU